AAAUAUUUUGGAAUAUUGAGGGGGAUAUUACAGCAAAAAUUAAGAAAGAAGGAGGACAAUAAUGGAGGAGAGAAGUCAGCAUGCAGAGAGGAAAAAGGGUGGUAUCAUCACUAUGCCAUUCAUCUUUGCAAAUGAAAUAUGUGAGAAAUUGGCUGUGGUUGGUUUUGGUACAAACAUGCUCAGCUACUUAACAACUCAACUACACCUGCCACUCACUAAAGCAGCCAACACUAUCACCAAUUUUGGUGGCACUGCAGCCUUAACGCCGCUAAUCGGGGCGUUCGUCGCAGAUGCAUUCGCCGGAAGAUUUUGGACCAUAACAGUUGCUUCUAUCAUAUAUCAAAUAGGGAUGAUCAGCUUGACAAUAUCAGCAAUUCUGCCCAAAUUAAGGCCUCCACCUUGUACACAAGAUCAUAAAGAAUUUAGUCAUGGUAGAAAAAUGGAGGUCAAAUGGCAAGAUUAA